UUGUGGGUUGGAAUAAUGAAGGUGUUGUAGGGGAUGAAUGGAUUGUCAGUGCUGUGUCGCUAGCUCAGCAGCAGCCACACUCUCUCUUUAAUCAGAUUUUGCCGACGCAGCGGGUCUACACGGCCGCUGUCAGACACUACUGACCUACAUGUGCCGGUCGCGGUAUCGGGAUUUGUUUUGCUACAUAUAGCCAGUUAGCUGCUACCUGCUUAGCUAGUAGUGCUAACUUAAAAAAAAAGCACUGCUGUCAAGUCGGAAUAACAUCCGGCUUCACAAAGUAGCAUUGGUUAUAUCAUAUGACUAUCAGGACUUAAGACCGUCAUCCUGUCACAAUGUAUCCGAUGUUUUUUUCACUAAUUAAUGAAAUAAGCCGCCCUGAAAAAGGUAAUAAUAACAACAGCGAGCUUGCUAACCUGUGUUAGCCUGGUGACAGCUCAGCUAAGCGUCUCCACCGUCAACAUUUAAAGCAGCUGACGGUGUGAAGAAGCGUUUUGAACCACCGUCAGCUAGGAAAACCUUAAAGACAGUGAACACAUAGUAUUAAUAUCUUUUUAAUAUCGGCACUGACGUUUCCAGCGACAAUGGCUAACGUUACCGACCUGCAAACUAAAUACAGCAAGCUGGCACAGGAGUACUCCAAGCUCCGUGCCCAGAACCAGGUGCUGAAGAAGGGAGUCGUGGAUGAACAGGCCAACUCUACCUCCUUAAAGGAGCAGCUGAAGCAGCGGGACCAGAGCCUGAGAAAGCAGGAGCAGGAGAUGGACAGUCUAAGCUUCAGAAACCAACAGCUGGCCAAGAGGGUGGAGCUUCUUCAGGAAGAGCUGGCUGUCAGUGAAGCCAAGGGCAGAAAGGGGAAGACUAAAGGAGAUUCCCCCUCACAGCAUGGCAUGCAGACCCAGAAUGUUUUUGAUGAGGACUUGCAAAAAAAGAUAGAAGAGAAUGAGCGACUUCAUAUCCAAUUCUACGAAGCGGACGAGCAGCACAAGAGGCAGGAGGCUGAGCUGAAGACUCGGCUUGGGGAGCUGGAGAAAGACUCUCAGCAGCACCAGGCAGUGGUGGAUGGACUCACCUCUAAGUACAUGGAAACUAUCGAGAGACUGCAGAGUGACAAGGCACGCUUAGAGGUGAAGGCACAGACUCUGGAGAGGGAAGCCAAAGAGUGCAGGUUGCGAACAGAUGAGUGUCAGCAGCAGUUGAGGCGAUGCCAGUCGGAACUCAACAGGCAGGUGAAGCAAAGCAGCAGUGUUAUCCAGGAGAAAGUGCCCUUCAAUGACACCAAAUUUAGUGACUUCAACAGUCUAAAUGUGCCACCACACAAUCGCAGGCAUCAGCUCAAAGCACGGGACGUUGCAGGUCAGGCUUUGGGCUUCAUUCAGGACCUCGUGGCUGCUCUGCUGAACUUCCACUCGUACACAGAGCAAAGAGUGCACAUCUAUCCCUUGGACUCCUCUAUUGAGCAAAUCUCCCCUCUGAACCAGAAGUUUUCCCAGUAUCUUCAUGAAAACGCAGCCUAUGUGCGCCCCCUGGAGGACAGCUUCCUGCAGUUACACCAAAGCAUCACAGAGGACACUGUUACAGUGCUAGAGACUGUGGUCAAGCUGAAGGGUUUCGCUGAUAACUUCUCUUCGUACACCCAUUUUCUACAAAAGAUUCUUCCCUACCAGCUGAAAAGCCUGGAAGAAGAGUGUGAGGCACCUCUUUGUACUGCCGCCCUUCGUGCGAAAAACCAGGAGCUGCAGAAUGACAUGAAGAAAGUAACUUCUGUGUUUGAGAAGCUGCAGAACUACAUUAACCUUUUGGCCUUACCCAGUGUUCAGCAGGAUGCCAUGCCACAGAGCAGCACCUCCGCCGUCUUCACCCAGCUGGCUGCCUGCCUGCACAGUCUUCACGACACCAUUAAAGAAAUGUCAAAGCACUACAACCAGAAGGCCGGCUUAGAGCAGGAGCUCCCAACUGUCACCCAGAAGCUCUGUACCACCACAGAGUGUCUGCUGGGAUCUCUGGGCUCACUGAACAGCAGCACCGGCAAGAUCGCCACUUUUUUCAGCAACAACUUGGACUUCUUCACGUCAUCAGGCUACAGUCCAAGAGGCAGCACAGCAGCCCUCAACCCCUUGCAAGCAGAGAGCAUGCUGGCCAGCAAAAAGAAAGCAGCUGCCUAUAUUCACGCUAUCAGAAAGCCCAGGCCACAGUCUGUUCCAUACAGAGAAGCCUUGUCAAACCGCCGUAUACUCACCAGCUCAACCGAGAGUAGAGAAGGUCUCACUCAGCAGGUGCAGCAGAGCCAGGAGAAGAUUGCUCGGCUGGAGCAGGAGAAGGAGCACUGGCUCCUGGAGGCCCAGCUGGGGAAGGUGCGGCUUGAAAAGGAGAACCAGCGCAUUGCAGACCUGGAAACACAGCUCGCGGCAGCUCUAGGGGGAAGUCCAAAUUUGCAAACAGCUGCAGCCGGUACACUUGCACAGAGCCACGAUGAAGCGGAUACAGAGCUGAAAGCUGCAGGAAAAGAGUCAACGCUGUGCACCAGCCUGGUCGGCAUGUUGUGCACAACACCCACAGUUGAGCAUGUGGGAGAUGAGGAGUCCAGGGAGCAUCUCAUAAAGACUCACUACAUGACCAGAGUGGGAGAGCUCACCACUCAGCUCCAGAUUUCUGACAGUAAAGCGGUUCACUUCCACUCUGAGUGUCGCGCUUUGGCCAAGAGAUUAGCUAUUGCAGAGAAAUCGCGGGAGACGCUGAGCGAGGAGGUCAAACUGGCUAAUCAGAACAUCACACGCUUGCAGGAUGAGUUGGCUACGACUAAAAGGAGCUACGAAGACCAGCUGAGCAUGAUGAGCGACCACCUGUGUAGUAUGAACGAGACGCUGAGCAAACAGAGAGAGGAAAUCGACACACUUAAACUGGGCAACAAGGGAAACGCCAAAAAGAACAAAGGUCGCUAGAGCUGCUUUCAAAAACACUGGCUCUGUUUGGGAUCACAAGGGCACCCUGAAGGAAGAUGUGGACUGUGGAGCCUCCCAGCAGCAUCUUGGUACCAGUACCGCCACCG